GCACACCGGUCAACGUCGCUACCAGGAUCCAGCCUCCAGGACGAAGGAGCGAAGCAUUGCCCCUAACGGCCAUGGCAACUCCAUAUCCUAGAACUCAAAUCAUCCAGCGCCAACGUGUAUCCCAGUCUAUGCUCGAUCCAGAAUACAAUCCUACGCGCCAGUCGGCGAGCACGUUAUCCCCACGGCAUGCAGAAGGAUUCGAGCACGGCGCCAAUUUGCCUGUUCGUCUGCUUCCAAACAGCGACCCUGGGCGCUCAUCAAACACGAUGAAAGACGGACCCGGGCAUUUCAAAGGCCCGCGGGGCAGCGAUAGGAUUAAUACAAGCAUCGGGCAUUUCACGAUCCAUGCUUCCAUGCGUCGUGUACAAUGGUCCUCUUUCGUUACAGGUCGAGACGAUUGUCUGAAUCGUCAAGUAUGUGAGCGUACGCACAAUCUGUCGGCUAUUCAGCAGGAUGUUGAUUCCUGCAAUGUACGGUUAGUGUACGAAGCAUUGGCGUCUCAAGGCGAGCGGCAUAACUGCUCCACUCGCUGGCAUUGCAAGUUCUCGACGAUACGGGUCCGUCGAGAAGCGAGAUGAAAAUUCAACCAAGCGAUGCGGCAGUUUCCGCAGACAGGAAAUUGU